CCGCGCUAUUGCGGGACAUCAGGAAACCGAAGCAAGGCCUCUCUCUUUGUUCGUUUCCUUCACUCCAUUGCCACGACAGGCUCUUUUUUCUGUGUCUCCCACUUAAGCUACCUACUGCGCUCACUGAGACAUCCGGAAGUCACUCUCUAAUUUCAUUGUACUGACCCCGUCUCCGUCUACGGGUGGAUCAUUAUAAUUCUAUAUUAUUGAAGCCGCGGAGUCCGGGUAACUACGAAGUUUCCUAAGGUUGUUGUUUAAUAGGAUACAUAUUUAUAUUACAUAUCCCUAUUUAAGGGCGUUCUCGUUCUCAGAUAUUUCCUAAAGCGCUAUCAUAACUUAAUUCUCUUUGAUCCAAACGAUGAAGAUUCGCAUACGUGGCCCUGGAGGCCAGUCUACAAUUUCCCUUGAUGAAAGCGCCACCAUCCAUGACCUACAGGCCCAGAUCAGCGAGAAAACAGCAUUGACAUCGUAUGAUAUCAAGUACGGCUACCCUCCUAAGCCGCUCGACCUCUCCCAGCUGGACCCCGCUCGGUCCAUCACCGAAAUUGGAACGAAUCUUAGUGGAGAGCAGCUCAUUAUUAGCAAGAAGGGGGGAUCUACGACGGGCACUUCAGUCAGUUCGGGCCAGCAACAGCAGCAACAAUCUGUUAUGACGAACACUGCUUGUCAGAUAGAUUCGAAUAGAGCCGCGCAGAAAAUUCAGCCAGCAGCGAGAAAUAUCUCGAAACCGCUAUCACUGUCCCGCAAGGGCAACACCGCCGUUGAAAAUGACCCUCCCGAGAUCCCAUCGCCGGAACACGGUGGUACGGUUGUCCUCCGCAUAAUGCCCGAUGAUAAUUCCUGUCUAUUCCGAGCGGUUAGCAGCGCAGUGAUGGGCGCAAUGGACGCAAUGACCGAGCUGCGGUCGGUAGUUGCGCAAACAAUCCAAGAACAGCCAGAUGUGUAUUCAGCAGCGGUACUAGAAAAAGCCCCAGAUGACUACUGCCGAUGGAUCCAGACGGAGGACUCGUGGGGCGGCGGGAUCGAAUUAAGCAUCCUGAGCAAACGCUUUGACAUCGAAAUCUGUUCCAUAGAUGUACAGUCGCUACGCGUUGAUCGCUUCAACGAGGGCCCGCCGACAAGGUGCAUCGUGGUGUAUUCGGGCAUCCACUACGACGUCAUCGCGCUCUCCCCGUCCGAUGAGCCGUAUACGCAUGCAUAUGCGCCACCAGAAUUCGACACGAAGAUAUUCGAUUCAGAGGACCCUAUUAUCUUGGAACGGGCUCUGGCGCUAUGCAAGAUCCUGCAGGGUAGGCACUAUUAUACGGACACUGCGUCGUUUCGGAUUCAAUGUAAUACCUGCGGAGGCCGGUUUGUGGGCGAGAGGGGGGCUACCAUACAUGCUACGGAAACUGGGCAUUAUGAUUUUGGUGAAGCGCCUUAAAAGACAUGAUUGCGAUUUAAUUGGAACAUAUGCUGUGCUAUCUGUCGGCAAAAUCAUUAUAAAAUAUAUAGAGAUUAUAUCUGCAAUGCAGCAUAGAGACUUAUUACUGAAAAUGAGAGAAGCUCUACCCCUUUGCCUGAUGCUAUUACUCAAAUCGAACAUAGCAGAAAUAACUUUUAUCUUCGUUGCAGAAAGCAUCAUACUUAAAAGAGCUGACUAAAUCUCUAACAGCGCUUUAAUCUCAUAGCUAAUAAAUCUAAAAGUUGCAUUGCCGUCAGAACCUGACAAGCCUUUUACUAAAAACAGAAUCUAUGAGAUAUUUUCUCUCCAAAUUCAAUUUUCAUUGGCCGACAAGGUUCCAAGAAUUUUUGAAUGUCGAGAACUUUUAGCAUACCCAAUGUAAGCUCAAUAUAAAUAAGCCUCAUUAAUGACAGGGCUUUGCAUUUUUCUCCGCAUGCACUUGUCUGCAUGCGCGAGCCGGCGG